GGGAUUGGCUAGUGGUGCGGAUUGACAUGGUGUCCGCCAUGUUGGAUAUAUGAAUCACUAACCAAUCAUAUUGUAGGCAGUAAGAUUUGUCGGAAUGCGGAUGGGGAAAAAUUAGCGCGACCGUCGAUACUUAAAACACAAUCUCUCCGAAGUGACAUUGUUAAUCAGAGAUCCGACAGUUUGUUUGUAUUUGACAAACAUGAAGCUUUUCGGUGUGUUGCGUGUUUCUGCUGUGUUGUUGUGCUGUUUGUCAGUAGUGUGUGCUGUAUUACCUGUCCCGCAGAAUGUGAUCAUUCAGACGUGCAACAUGAAUUAUGUACUGAAAUGGGAUUGGGAUCCGAAUCAGGCACCAGACGACGCAAACAACGUUACUUUCACUGCACAGUAUCUGCCGAUGUUUAAGAUGAGUAAGCCCAAGCGCAAGCAGGACUGGAAGUCGCUGUGCAAGUCAACACCUGAACACGUCUGCGAUUUUUCCUCAGCGCAACUGCAUUAUCUUGGCAUGUGGCUGCUGCGUCUGAGGGCUCAAAGCGGCCAAAACGUUUCGUCCUGGGUCCAGAUUGAGUUCUGUCCCGACAGAGAUGCUGUCAUCGGGCCGCCCUCUGCAGUGAACGUGACCCCUGUUAAUGGCUUCCUGCAGGUUGCAAUCUCUGACCCUUUGACUAUCACCAAUGGCUCCAUGAAGGAAUGGCUACCCAAUAUGUAUUACUUUAUACAGUACUGGAAGAGGAGCUCGUCAACACAGCCUACUAAUCUAACAAGCGCCAAUAAUCUGGUGAUUCUGCCUGAGCUGGAGAGCUGGACAUGGUACUGUGUGAGAGUGCAGUCUAUGGAUGACUAUUAUAAGAAGGCCAGUGUCUUCAGUCCCACCUACUGCACACAGACGGACGGUCAGACCCCAUACUGGCAGAUUGUUGUGUACUUCCUGUUGUCGUUGGGGCUGAGUUUCCUGGUGUUGCUGGUGCUUUACAUGUGUAUCUUCAGAGUGGUGAAGAUAGUCAAGAACACCUUCUAUCCCUUAGUCCCGCUGCCUCCAUACAUCCAGGAGUACCUCGACUUUGGCAGCUCAGAAGCGCCACGCUUGUUGAGUGCUGAGCCGGAGCUGGAGAUCUGCUGCGACAGGCUGGAUCUUCUGACCCCUGUCACCGAGGUCAUCUUGGAGGUCCACUUGCCACCUGAGAUUUCGCAGCAGAGGGACAGAACACACAGCCGACACAGCAGCUGCGAUUCCGGCGUUUAUUCCACAGAGGGCUCGGGCCCGAGGCCGAGCGAGGUUGGAGAGGUGACGGUGGAAAAACUGGGAAGGAAGAUGCAAAUCGAGGAGCUGGACGAAGGAGUGCAAGACGUGUGCGUCUAAUCUGGGAAUGAGAACAGCCUUGAACUGGCUUUCAUGUUCGGUUUGUGCUGCAAUCUCUUCCCCACAUGCAUCCUGCAGAGACAUAAAAAGACUCCCAAACAAACUGCCUGUUAGAAGGGAAGGUUAGAGUGACCUGAUCUCUCGGCAAAUCUUUUAUGAAGUUGUAAGAAACGAUAAUUGCGCCGCCCGUCCUGACUUUUCAUACCAGUUUAAAAGAUUUGCACUUUUAACACAUCACAUUUUCUUCCAGAAUUUACUGUUAUUACUCUACAACACGUUACUAAAGGAAAAAAACAGAUGAAAUAAAUGGCACAUAUGGAAUAAAAAUGGCAUUAAAAAUCCCAAGGGGGAAUUGUGUAACGUGAAGGACUGAUCUGUAUGCUGCUUAUAAACAGUUGAAUCUUUUUAAGCCAUGAUGUCAAAAACUGUCUGUUUUGAAACUGUUUUCUUACUGUUUAAAGCCAUAUAUACAGGCUCUUAAACAACAAAAUCUCACUUUUACAUUAACAUUAUGAUAAUGGUAUGUUUGUCAGGUUUUUGUGUAUUUGUAGCUAUGUUUAUUCAUUGUUUUGACAAUAGUCUCAUUUUAAUAUGAUUAAUUAUAGUAUAUCAAUUUUAAUAUGAUUCUUAUAGAAUCUGAUAUUAUGUCAUAGAUUACUUUCUUCAUUUGCUUUUCUUUACUUCUAUUUCGAAGGUUCUUCUGUUUCGUGAUUGUAAAAGCUCCAUUUGUUUUUCUCUCGAAAGAGAAGACAACUUGUACACAUAUAUGCCUUUUACAACAUGUUUUAUUGUAUGGAUUAUCGAAAGCUGUCGGUCUGACUGUUGUGAAUUUCCAUAUUUUCUCUUACAUAGUAAAACAAUGUAAUCAAUACAUUUUUCCUGCUGUGGCAGGAACAGCUGCAAGAGGGUCGAGGUCAUUUUGUUGACCUUGAUCACUUUUUGCUGGAAUGUAACAUUAAAGUACAGAAAAAGGAUUCGCAGACGAACGAUUACUUUAUUUUCAUGUUCAUUCAUCUCUGCUCGGCAUCCUUUGCAUCUGUCUACAUCCACACUGUAGACAUGUUAUCAACCGAGUGCUGUGUAGCUCUAAGGUCUGGUUUAUUAGAACAGUGGAGUGUAAUGCAGUAGUAGAGCUUCUGUUACAGUUUAUCUUCUCACGUACGUUUAUGUAAAUCAUUUCCCUCAUUCAUUUCCAUAAUUUCCCUCUGUGGUCUAAUUUAGUGAAAUGAUGGGACUUGUUUUGUUUGUUUUCAUUGUUGUUGACGCUUCACUUGUCAUCACUUUAAUAAUGCAGACCACUCUAUCUCUUUCUGUACCUAAUUUCUUGUUUGAAGUGUUGUCUUCAGCCAAAUAAUUUAUAUAAAUGCAUGUGAUAAACCAAAACAGAGGAUCUGCUACAGAAGCCAUACUAGCUCAUAUUUAGAAAAUGUGUAUAUAUAUAUUUUUUUGGGGGGGGGUUCCCUUCUCCCCAAACAUGGGUUGGUUCUGCAACAGUAGUAUUUGAAUGCUUGGUUUGGUCUGCUGAAAUACUUGGCUGGGAUUGCAUCCAGAUCACAUUCCACUUAGUAGCGGCCUCUGGAGUAUGAGUUUAUUCUGUGCUCCAAGUUCAAGAAAUGCAUAGCAUUAGUCAUCUAAAAGUAUACUUAAUAAAAAUAACAGCAAUCAUCAUAACUUUCCAGGUAACAUUUUAUUUGAAAGGAAAUCUUCAUAAAUUAUUAAUAAAUGUGUAAAUAUUUUAUAAAAUGAUGUUGGUUUGUUCAUAAAUGACUUUUUGUCAUAAAAUAAUUUUGUCUUGUGUACCAUUAGGUGACAUCAGCUUUUAUAUAGUAUAGCCAUCUUUAGAUGAAAGCAGAGUUUUAUGGGUAAGUGUACAUUUUGUUUAGUGUACAUUUGUCCAGAUUCAUAACAUUUCCUGGUAGAGCCACCAGUGACCCUGACCAGGAUGUCAAGUGCUGUAUCAGACACUAGAGACACUACAGAGCAUCCUUCAGACUAGCUGACCUUUCUUUGUUUUCCGAGUGAACCUCACCUGGCAACCUACGUACCUCAUCACUAUUAUGUAAAAAAUAAAACGCAGCAGGAUGUGCUUUUAUAGGAAAUUAAUAAACAGUGGUGUGAUAUUUUGUAAUAACAGUAUGCCCUGACAUGUUUUAGUCCUAUACCAAAUCAAUUUGCCAACAAUUACAAAUUUUAAUUAUUAAUGAAUUACACAUCAUACAUUU